UCGCGUCCAACACGCACACGCACACUCGCAAGCGCGUGACGUAUACACAAACACAAAUCCACGCACACACACGGCGCGCCCGCACAGUACGUCGACGCGAGCUCUGUAGGUGUGUGUAUAUGUGUGUGUGUGUUGACGCCGUUGCGUGAAACCGUCGACGCUUGCCGAUUGGCCGGGCCGGUCUCGACCAAUCCGGACGCGACUCUCAUUAACACUCGGACCGGGGCGUCGGUGUUGUCACAUCGCCGCCGCCGCCACACAGUCAGUCGGCACCGAGCGCGCUAACCGUUGUCGUCGUCGUCGUCAUCGUUGUCGUUGUUGUGGUCGUAGUAGUAGUGUGGCGAGUCGUCUCUACACGGCCCCCCCGUGUUUGCACAUUAUCGCGCGCACACACCACCGUCAUAGUUAUUUACGUUAAUACAUAAACACAUAAUAUUUAUAAUCGUUGCGUUUAAUAUUAUAAUAUUUUUAAAAGUUUUUCGCGUUCGAAAACACUCGUCGAAACCGCGUGUGAACAACAACAGUCGACCGUCUCGCGUGUGAUAAUCGACAUAAUAUUUGUCUGAAAUAACAUCGAUAAAAAAUAAUAUCGUGAAGAAAAUAUAAAUUUCCUUGUGUAUUGAAUUUUUUUUCCUUUUCCGUACUCCGUCAAUCACUCGCGGUAAACAUUUGUGAAUGCUCGUGCAGGAGUCUGGUCCACCGUAGUGGCUGGGUCAAACGGUAACGGCGUGGACGGCGUGGCUGUUAUGCGGUUCGAGCAAGCGGACCUCAGGUGCCGGUCACCCCGUGGGGCACCGGACACCCCGCAAACCGCUGCCGCUAUGACCGGUGGCCAACGUUCACCAGACACAUCGUACACGGCGGCCCGUGCGUCGUCCACCGACUUUUCCGUCAGCUCAUUGCUGACUAACAAUAACAACAACAGCAGCGGCGGCGCGCCGCCGUCUACAGUCCAGCAGCAGGCCGGUGGCCAGCAACAGCAGUAUCCGCCGCCGCCACCGCCACCACCCGGUCUGUCGGCCGCAGCGGCCGCCGCGUACGCCAUGGGCGCCUGUUAUCCGGGCACCAUGAUACCCAUGCCAAAGAUGCACCAUGGGCCGCAUCACCCCGGCGCCGGUAGCUAUCCGGCUGAAGAGAUGCUCGCGUUGGCCGCGGCCGUCGCGCACGGCGUACACCAUCCGCACCCGGCGGCCGCGCUACCCCGGUCUGUGGUCAGGCCCGAAGAUGACGGUGUUGUCGACGAUCCCAAGGUCACGUUGGAGGGCAAGGAUCUGUGGGAAAAGUUCCACAAGCUCGGCACCGAAAUGGUCAUCACCAAAUCUGGCAGGCAAAUGUUUCCCCAGAUGAGGUUUCGGGUGAGCGGUUUGAACCCAAAAACCAAGUACAUCUUGUUGCAGGACAUUGUGGCGUCAGACGACUACCGGUAUAAGUUCCAUGACAGGCGGAUGUUCCCCGCUUACAAAGUCCGAGUUAUGGGGCUUGACAAAAAGGCCAAAUACAUACUGCUAAUGGACAUCGUGGCCGCCGACGACUGUCGCUAUAAGUUCCACAACAGGUACAAAAACCGAUGGAUGGUGGCCGGAAAAGCUGAUCCGGAAAUGCCCAAGCGAAUGUACAUACAUCCCGAUUCCCCGUCGACUGGCGAACAGUGGAUGCAAAAAGUCGUGUCGUUUCACAAGCUAAAACUCACCAACAAUAUAUCUGACAAACACGGAUUUGGUUUAAAUCAGUUUUCGCUACAGACCAUAAACAGACCUAUCAACCGUUUCCACAGAUUUCCAGAGACCAUAUUGAACUCGAUGCACAAAUACCAGCCACGUUUCCAUCUAGUCAGAGCCAACGACAUUAUCAAGUUGCCGUACUCAACUUUCCGUACGUACGUGUUCAAGGAAACCGAGUUCAUCGCCGUCACGGCUUAUCAAAACGAAAAGAUAACUCAGUUAAAAAUCGACAACAAUCCGUUCGCCAAAGGGUUCCGGGACACCGGUGCCGGUAAACGAGAAAAAAAGCAAGCAAUGUUAACGGCUCAGCGACACGGUGGCCAAACGGUCCAAAGCCAGGACGAAAAGCCCUCGGGUUCAGAUCACGAGGACGACAAACCACUGGAUGUGGUCGGUGGAGGCGACCCUGACUCACCAAUUUCUGCCCACCACCACCACCAUCACCACCAACCCCACCAACCCGGUUCGUGGUUUUCGGGAUUGGCUGAUGGUAGUUUGCUCCUUGAGGACGCUAUGAGGAGGCGCCUUGCCGGUCACCCGGCCCUUCACCACGCAGCAUUCCUGCAACACCAUCAUCACCAACAAGCUCACCAGCAGGAAAUUGACAGCGAACAAGAAAGCAGUUGUUCCGAAUCAGGACGGGAAAGAAUGAACUCACCGUCUGACAAGGAGUCAGCUGGUCCUUCUGGACCCGGACACAGUCCUAUCGACUACCCAUUACCGAACGUUUCAUUCGGACCACCGCUCCCAACGUCGCCGCACCUAUUGCCGUACUUGUAUCCAGGCAUGUACCCCGGUGGCCCUGGCCUGGGAGGUCCGCUUUGCCCGUCUGCGCUCAGUCCCACCACCAAUCUGCUGUUCAAUGCUCAGCUGGCGCUGGCCGCUCACCACCCGGGGUCGCUGUUCACGCAGGCGUACCUGCAGGGCGCCGCAGCCGGCGGCGGUGGUGGCGGUGGCGGCGGCAGCCACCCGUUCAAGAUGACCACCAGUGGACUGGCCGCGGCCGCUGGCCUGGGCCGGUUUCACCCGUACCACCUCGGCCUUCACCACCCGCUUCACCCGUCGUCCGUCGGCUCGGCGUUCGAAACUGUGACGCCGGGCCGGUGUUCGUAA